UACAUUAUUAUUACUAUUGAGUUUACAAACAAUUCCUAUGGUAAGUUCUAGAAUAUGAAACUGUGUAAAAAAGAAAAAUAAAGUCCGUUUCUUACGGAAAAGAGCGUCAUAGUUUCAUUUUUUCCCUAUAUAUGCAUGGGGGGCCAGCUCCAUAUCAUUACUCCCCCGUCUUGUCUAUGCCUAAACCCUCUCUAAAGGAGCAAAAACUUACAGUGUGAGAAAGGGAUAAUGAGUCUUGGGAACAGGUUAAACUGAUGAGGGCACAAUUCAUAAUGGAUUUUGGAUAAUCUUGAUAAGUUUUCAAGAUCUUAUGCUAAAAAGAUUCAACCUUUCCUUUGAUUUCUCUUCUCUUUCUUGGGAAAGAAGUCCUUACAUUUUAGGGAACAAUGUCUGUUGCUACUGUUGCACUUAGUUCUGUGUAUGAGGAUAAUUUGAAUUUAGCAAGCUGCUUGUCAGGCCAACACGGUUCCUUGUCGAAUGAUGCAAUCUUGAUUUUUUUGACCGUGGGUGGGUCUGUAAUUCCCUUGCGUGUUAAGGAGUGCGACUCUAUUGCUUCUGUGAAGUUUAGAAUCCAGACGUCCAGAGGUUUCUUUGUGAAAAAGCAGAAGCUUGUCUUUGAUGGCAAGGAGUUGGCUCGGAACAAUUCCUGUGUGAGGGACUAUGGGGUAGCUGAUGGUAACAUUUUGCAUUUGGUUCUUCGUCUGUCUGAUUUACAAGCAAUUACUGUUAGGACAGUGUGUGGUCAGGAGUUCGAGUUCCACGUCGGGAGACAGCAAAAUGUUGGCUAUGUAAAACAGCAGAUUGCAAAGAAGGGGAAAGGUUUUCGUGAUCUUAAGGAACAGGAACUAAUACUUGAUGGUGAGGAACUGGAAGAUAAGAGGCUGAUAGAUGAUAUUUGUAAAAGCAAUGAUGCCGUGCUUCACUUGCUGGUGCGUAAAUCAGCUAAAGUACAGGCUAAAGUUGUGCAAAAAGAUUUUGAAGUUUCAAUUGUAGCAUCAGCAUCAAAUGAGAAUGGAGCUGAAGCAGUAGAGAAGCUCCAAGAGACCUUUCAGGUUGUUGCACUCAAUACUGUUCCAAGAAGUUUUAUUUUGGAACCGUUCAUUGUUAACCCUAAGAUCACACUAUCACCAGUGGUUAAGCAGUUGAUCAGUAGCACUUUCAAUGGGAUAGCAAGGGGUCACCUACCAAUCAGGUCUUCUGAGGGAUCAGGGGGUGCCUAUUUCAUGCUAGAUUCAUGUGGUCAGAAUUAUAUCUCUGUUUUCAAACCAAUAGAUGAAGAGCCUAUGGCUGUGAAUAAUCCCCGGGGGUUGCCAUUGUCCGUAGAUGGUGAGGGGUUGAAGAAGGGCACACGUGUAGGAGAGGGAGCAUUUAGGGAGGUUGCUGCAUAUAUUUUGGACCAUCCCAAGUCCGGACCUCGCUCAACUUGUAGUGAAGAGAAGGGAUUUGCUGGGGUUCCUCCCACAGUUAUGGUCAAGUGUCUCCAUACAGGUUUCAAUUAUGCUGAAGGUUGUGAAUAUUCAUCCAAGAGUCUUAAGAUUGGGUCGCUGCAGAUGUUCAUGAAAAACUGUGGAAGUUGUGAGGAUAUUGGUCCUCGUGCUUUUCCAGUUGAUGAUGUGCACAGGAUUUCUGUACUGGACAUAAGGUUGGCGAAUGCAGAUAGGCAUGCUGGAAACAUCUUGGUUCAGAAAGAUGAUAAGGAUGGCCAGCUUGUGCUUAUUCCAAUUGAUCAUGGCUACUGCUUGCCUGAAAAUUUCAAGGAUUGUACUUUUGAUUGGCUCUACUGGCCCCAAGCACAACAACCUUACUCUGCUGAGACAAUUGCUUACAUAAACUCUCUUGAUGUCGAAAAAGACAUUGAGCUUCUGAAGUUUCAUGGUUGGACCAUAUCCCUUGCUUGUGCACGUGUAUUUCGUAUCUCUACUAUGCUUCUGAAGAAAGGUGCAGAGAGAGGGCUCACACCUUUUGCAAUUGGAAGAAUCAUGUGUAGGGAAACGGUAAAGAAGGAGUCUAUCAUUGAGGAGAUUGUGGAAGAAGCUGAAGAAGGUGUGCUCCCAGGAACAAGUGAGGCAGCAUUCUUGCAGUCUGUUUCGUUCAUCAUGGAUCGACGUCUUGAUGACCUGAUUAAGUAAAGUGUAUUUUGAUGUAAAUUUUGUGCAUAUGUUAACAGUUAAGUACUUGGUCGAAACUUAAAUCCUGGGGAAGAUGGGAUGUGAAUAUUAUUAUGCUCUGUAUCUUGAUGGAUGGUAUUAAUUUGAUGGUGGUUGUCGA